UUGCCGGCCGCCAUUUGCCCGUCGGGACGCUCGUGGGCGACGGCACGCGGCAGGAAUGAAGACGGACAAGCGAGAGAAACACAGCAAGGCGCCGCUGAGUCCGCCGUCAUUGCUCAUCAGCGACGAUGAGCUGGUGACCAUCAGUGUUCGCGACCUGAACCGCCAGCUCAAGAUGCGUGGUCUAAACCGGGAGGAGAUGGUGCGCAUGAAGCAGAGGAGGCGCACGCUCAAGAACCGCGGCUACGCUGCCAGCUGCCGCGUGAAGCGGCUGGAGCAGAAGGACGAGCUCGAGACGGAGAAGUCGGCCGAGGAGCGGGAGCGGAUACGCGUCAUCGACGACAACAAACACAUGCGCGAAGAGAUCGAGUCAUACUAUCAGAAGUACGAGGCCAUCAGAAAAUUCGCGCACCAGAAGAACAUUCCGCUGCCUCUUGAGCUCGAACACGACACGCCGAGAAUCUGAGGCUGCCGUUGACCUGGUCGACUUGGCCGUGGUCGAUGAGGUCAAGCAUGUCGAACACUUGGGUACAGUAUUGAGCAAGUAUUAUUGUU